CAAGCGUAGUUGCGCGUGCGCCGCGUAGGAGGCGAGCGGUCCGCAAGCGGCUGGCAUACACCUUGGAUACGAUGUGAUUUAAUUUACUGUACCACAUCAAAUGAUACUAAGACCACCGUAUCGCGACGCAGUUAGCAAACAUGGAAUGUUACACAUCGGAUAGCUGUGACAGUGACACCAGGGAGCAGAAAACCCUUGAUUUGUCGAAUCAACUAUUGGAAACGCUCAGUCUAUCAUCGGAACUAAAAAGCAUUGUUGACGAGAAGGAUUGCGCAGAAAAUUAUGAGAUUAUACUCCUCUACAACAAUAGGAUAAAGGCUCUGCCUGAGACGAUAAACAGGUUUAGCAACUUGAAGAUAUUGGAUGUGAGCAACAACAGGCUGACGACACUACCCGAUAUCUUCAAACAUUGUCAGCUAACUUCGCUGAUAGCAAAACACAAUCAACUCACCAAUGAAUCACUUCCCAAAUCGUUUUUUAGCAAUAAGAAUUCGCUACGAGAGCUCAACUUGAGUGGAAACCAGCUGAAUUUCUUCCCAGAGCAAGUUUUAGAUAUAAUAUCUCUUAGAUACCUUUACUUAGGUGGCAACAAUAUAGUCAACAUACCAAAGGACAUAUGGAAACUGAACAGUUUACAGAUUUUAUCAUUAGGAGGUAAUCAAAUUACCGAAGUUCCUGAGUCUGUUGGGCACCUGACGGGGCUUCAAGCUUUAGUUUUGAGCGACAACCUAAUAGAACAACUACCAGCGAGCAUAGCUAGAUUGAAUCAACUGCGAUCUUUGUUGAUCCACAAGAACAGGCUCAAGACUUUGCCUACACAGAUAAUUAAAUUAAAAUGUUUGGCGGAACUGAGUCUCCGCGACAACCCCCUAGUAGUGAGGUUCGUCAGAGACAUGACUUUGCAACCGCCAUCUUUGUUGGAACUGGCUGGGCGUACCAUCAAGCUUCAUGAGAUCCCCGUAAUACCUGGAGAAGUACCUCUCACCCUGAUGAGAUACCUUGGAGCUGCUCAAUGUUGUGUCAAUCCUAAGUGCAAAGGCGUCUUUUUCGACAACCGCGUGGAGCAUAUCAAGUUCGUCGAUUUUUGUGGCAAAUACCGCAUUCCACUACUGCAGUACCUGUGCAGCUCAAAGUGCAUUACAGGAAGCUGGGAGAGUCGUGAGGUGGACAGCAAUCCUCAUCCUCACAUGAUGAGGAAAGUUCUUCUGGGCUGACUAUAACAGCUUUGGUCUAUUUCAUCUUUGGCCCACAGUAAUCUUAUUUUCAUAGUACCUUUACCUAAGCUACACUUACAUACGUAAACAAGUUCAAAAAGAAAAACUAUGAAUAAAAAUUUAAUUAGCAUAAUGCAUGAUAUGUCUUAAAAAUAUGUAUUAUUCCAAAGUCUGUUUACACUUUUUAUGUGCUGUGUAAAAAUGGCUAGAGAGACAUAGAUAAGGAAUAUGAUGAAAUAUCUUAAUUUUAACAUUUUGCAUAUUUGUAAUUAAUUACUGUCUAAAAUUGUACCUUAGAAAAUAUUUUUUGUUAUUCAAUUGUUAUCGUUAACCUAUUCAGCUAACAACUUUUGAUAUUGUUUAAAUUAGUACCAAAGCUCAAUGGUCUUCUAGACUCACAAUAUUUGUCACUUAUAUUUUUCAUGUUUACUGCUUUUAACCAUCAAUGUCGGUUCUUUUCAAUAAUGACAUAUAUAUUUACUGGUUAUAAGAUAUGGGAACCAUGAUUAACAUAUCAUAUAGACUUAGGUACUUGUAUGUGCCAAUAUUAUGUGAUAUAUAUUUUAGUAAACAGUUAUUUUGAAAUAAAAGUUUAUUUUUAAA